GCAGCCCUACGGCCUUCGGCAUCACGAAGGAAAGAAAUAGCAUCCUUGCUCCUCUUGAGACCAGUCAUGGAGUCACCAAGCACGGGAAACUCGUCGCCGCUCAACGCGGGGCACGCCUCUGCUGCUGCUGCUAACAUCGACGCCAGCGCACCGGCCCCUCUGCUCUCCGCCGAGGACACGGUGGAGGCACGCUACCUGCACCCCGACGCGAAGGCGCUGUUCAGUGUGGUGCCGUUCAUGCGCUUCAUACCGCACUUUGGCAUCGCCUCAGAGGCCUUCGGGCCGAAGUGCGUGUUUUCAUUGGGGCUAUCCGAAUUCCUUUGUAAGGGCAUCGCCGAC